UUGCAAUGCGCCUGCCACAUUUUAGCGAGCGAUGAACAUGACGUUCCAGAACUUCGUCAACAAGACACGGCUGACGCAAGGGAUGAUCAACUUCUGCGUGAUCGUGUACAUGGAUGACAUCCUGGUCUACUCAGAAACCUAUCACGGGCACGCGCAACACAUCGAAUGGACAUUGGGUGCAUUGAGAGACGCGGGGUUCAAAAUUGCGCUUGAGAAGAGCGAAUUUUUCCUCUCGGAAAUUUCGUUCUUGGGCUAUGUCGUGACACGUGGAGGACUGUGGACAGAUUUGAGAAAAGUUGUGGCGGUAAAGGAAGCUUCGGUUCCUACGUCACUAACGCAGGUUCGAGCCUUCUUGGGACUAGCGUCGUAUUACCGGCGCUUCAUCAAGGGCUUCGCCGCGAUUGCACGACCACUAACGAAUUUGUUACGGAAGGGUCAGCCCCUCCGCUGGGACGCGGAGUGCCAACAGGCUUUUGCAACUCUCAAGGACGCUCUGGCAAUGGCCCCUAUUUUGAUUCGACUGGACCCCUCGAAACAGUUCAUUCUCAUCACGGACUGGCAACCGGAAGCUAUUUCCGCUAUUUUCGCACAGAAGGGGAACGAUGGUCGCGAACACGUCAUCGAGUACGCGUCACGAACCGUACCGGACGAACGAAGAAACGACUCCGCACCUCAGGAGUGGUGGAAUGCGUACGUCGCGCUCAGCUUCUGUCUCCUGGAGGUGGUGUUCCAUUGGGCAGAGCAGGCCGAUAAGGACGAAGAAGACGAAGUCCCUGAUGAUGACGUGGAGCUGUUGCUAAUUCAAGAGUGGAGAACGGACACGCAUGGGGAGCUGUUGGGGAUUCUAUUCGGAAAGGUGAGGGACGACCAUUUGGAGCCAAUCACAAGCGAGAUCCUGAUGUUUUUGGCGCAGCUCCUGGACGAUCUCCCUUUGGAUAUCCUUUCGCGCUGUGACGAGCGGUCCACACCGGGGGUGCUCACCCAUACGUUGGUACCACAUCUGUUGUGGUCCACGUGUACGGAGCUCGACGAUGACAACUGCUACUACCCCUCUUCAGGCCAUUACCUGGUCUUUGAUGAGACCGAUCUCACCUUGUGGGAUCCGAUCACUCGAAGAGUGGAGGUGGAAGGAGAAACCAACGACGAAGAGGUAGAGGAAGAGAGAACGACCCCGAUUACAACGAGUCUAAGGAGGGCGAGCUGGAAGAAAGUGAGUCGGACGAAUCGGACAGUUCGAACGAACGGAGUGAGGAGGAAGACGAAGCCGCAACUCAGAGGAGGCGGGAAAAGGCAGAAGGAAAGCGGCCAGUGGAAGAGUCGGACGGACCAGCCGCGCAGCUACUACAAGGAGGGGGCAGAGAUCGAUGGGGUGGCGAUCUCUAUGGUUCAAUGGUUGGAAGACAGGACCCAGGAGAUGUUGGACGUCAUGUGGGAGCUGGUGGAGGGGCCGGAUCCCCAGCUUGGAACCUACAUCGGCUGGAGGCGGGCGGAUGGCAUGAUGGGAAGUUGCAAAGCCCUCUUUACAAAGGGUCACAAUCUACGCAAUAUGUUGGAGGAUCGGCAGGGGAUGGGCAAGAUGGGUGAGAAGGAUGACUGGUUGGAGGGCGGAUUGGAGGCCGAUCAUGACAACGGGCGAGACCGGAAUGGAAGAGGUACUGGCAGCGAUGAAGAUAAUUGCGGCUACAGCAUCAUCAACAACAACAAAACAACAAUGACAACUACAACAAUAUCAACAAUGUCAACAACAGUGACAGCGGUAGUGAUGAUGACAACCGCGGGAAUAAAACUGACAGCAACGACAAUAACAGAGACAUCGUCAUCAAGGAUAUUGAGAGCGACGACGGCGCGGUCAGGGCUGACGUAAUAGCUACAACAAUGACAACAGCAACAACAACAACAACAAAUACAACAACAACAA